GAUGCUGGCGACGAUGUAUCCAGGACACACGUCGCCAUCGUGGCUCUCCGUGCCCUAAUCGGACGGACCAGCGCAGCAAACAGGUCCCAGCCAAACUUUCCCAAUCCCUCCUUACCCAACACGCCAAACCCGUUUGGGCAACGCAUCUACUUCUGCUUUCCUACUGCUGCCACUACUAAGAGUCUAAAUUGCUUCUGUGGACUUCCAUCGUUCUCCUUCCGACGCUGCUGUUCGCCUCUUCCUCCACCACCUCGAAUGCGUUCGUUCCCUACGGAUCAUGAUGUUGUGCUUGCCUAAAAUUUCUGAUCGUCCCCGCUUCGCGCAACUAAGCCCUGUCCUGACAUGGCUGCAGAAGCUGAUGGGAGAGGCACCACAACUUUCCAGCAUAUUGCCCUCAAUGAGCGCAUACUUUCUUCUAUGAUGCGGAAGUCUGUUGCUGCUCACCCUUGGCAUGAUUUAGAAAUAGGUCCUGGAGCUCCUGCUGUUUUUAACUGUGUGGUUGAAAUUGCAAGAGGAAGUAAGGUCAAGUAUGAACUAGACAAGGCAAGUGGGCUUAUCAAGGUUGAUCGGGUUCUCUACUCUUCAGUGGUUUAUCCACACAACUAUGGUUUCAUCCCUCGAACCCUCUGUGAGGAUGGUGAUCCCAUGGAUGUACUGGUACUGAUGCAGGAGCAGGUGGUGCCUGGUUGUUUUCUGCGUGCUCGUGCUAUUGGGUUGAUGCCAAUGAUUGAUCAGGGGGAGAAGGAUGACAAGAUAAUAGCCGUUUGUGCUGAUGACCCUGAGUUUCGCCAUUACAAGGACAUCAAUGAUAUGCCACCUCAUCGUCUUGCAGAAAUCCGCCGCUUCUUUGAAGACUACAAGAAGAACGAGAACAAGGAGGUUGCAGUAAAUGACUUCCUGCCAGCGGAAGAUGCCAUCAAAGCAAUUGAAUACUCAAUGGAUCUCUAUGCUUCCUAUAUCAUUGAGAGCUUGAGGCAGUAAGACAUUACCGGAAUGGGGGAAGUAUUAGACUAUAUAACAAGAAAACAAAUCUUGCUUGACAACACAAAUGUUGUCUUAAUUGAUGUAUAAUGUAUCCUAAGACACUAUGCCUUGUGCAGAUUUGCCCAUGAUCUAGUUUUCCUGUAGUGUCAGGUAGAUACUUGGUUUAUAUCUUGUAGCGCCGCUUAAGACUCUUUGUAUGUUCUUCAUGUGUGCUGCCGCUUGUUUGAUCCCAAGGUACGCGCUUUUUUGCUUAAUGGGGUAUGAUGUUGUAUUACUAAUAUUUAUAGAUUUAAAGCAAAUCUGCUUGAAUUA